AUGGCGGGAAUUCCUGUGAAGCCCUCAUGGGCCAGCUCGUCAGGCUUAAAGCGAAAGGCUGAAGCUCUGGAUGAGGUGGCGUUGAGAAAGGCCCAAGCACUGCGAGAAGCCCAAAAGGCCAAAGAGAAAGCAGUUGCGCUCAAGAGGGCAGCGGAACAGAAGGCUGGUCAGCUACGAGAUCUGCGGGCGGCAUCCCGUGGCUCCCAUGGCAGCCAUGGCGGCAGCCACGGCCAUGGGUUGAGCCACGGGGAAAGUCAUGGAUCGCUACGGCACAGCACCUCCCAAGCCAGUCUUACCUCGGGGGAGCAUCGCAGUAGCCGCAGUGGCGAGUUAGUCUGCCGGAAAUGUCGGCAGAAAUAUGAUCCUCGCUACAAGAGUGAGUUCAAGGAUGGCUACUGCUUAAAAUGCCGGAAGAGAGCGAAAGAGAAGGCCAUCGCCAUGCAGAAGGAGAAGGAGAAAUCGGCUGAAAAGAAGGCCAAUGCUGCACGAGAAGUUCGUGGCCGCAUGGCUGCAGCGGCGCCCAAACGUCCCGUGCAGGAGCAACGACCAGCUUUCCAUCGCAAUCAGAGCGCCCUGAUUUGUCGCACGUGUCAGCAGAGUUCCAAUCUUCGCCGCAUCCCAGAUCUGAAGGAUGGCACCUUUCUUUGCCCGCCCUGCCGUUUGCGGGAGAUGGACCCCUUCAAUGCGAUGCGCGAGAACGAGAAAGGUCUCCUCAAGCUGAUGCUUCUGCAGCCCCCGACCGUGCCAGAAGACACCUGUGGGGAGGCGACCAUUCGCAUCAAGCUGAACAUGCCCAACCUGGCGAAGUGGCGAAAAGCUGGUGAAGAGAUUGACGUUCGCAUGCUGAACUUGGACUCCUGUGACACGCAGCAGAGUUGGCCGCAUAGCCUCACCAUGUGGGCCAAUGGCACUCAGGCCUUCCAGGUCGAAGCGCCCAAGGAAGGGCACAAGCGUCGGGAUGCUCCGCAGAGGAUCUCGGCGUGCCUGAAGAGUGACAUGGUGAACCACCUGAAGAUCUCCAUGCGCGACGGCUUCACCCUGCAGAGGUUUGGUAUCGCGAUUGUUCGUGUCAAGCCACAAAGUGUGCUUGAGAUGCGAAAGGCGGUCCGUUUGGUCAGUGCAGAGGAUGGCCGGAAAUUGGUGCGCGAAGUCCUGUGGAACUCCAAGCUCUUAAGUCUCUCCGAAGAGGUGGAGGCGAAUGGCUCGGAUCGCUGUCGUUUGACCUGUCCUUUGACGCACCAACGCAUCCACACGCCAGUGCGUGGGGACAAAUGUGCCCACUUGCAGUGCUUCGAUCUGAAGGCAUAUCUGGAGAUCAACCGGGGUAUUGCCGCCUUCAACAAGAGAUGGACUUGUCCCGUCUGCGCCAUCGCGGCCAAGCCUCAGGACAUGUUUGUGGACAUGUACAUGCUCAAUGUCUUGAAGAAGACAGAGGACGACGACGAUGAGAUUUGCUUCGAUGCAGAAGGUGAAUGGACGGUCACUGCAAAGGUGCCACCUCCUCCGACGCCUGACACAGACAUGGAAGCCGCAGAAGAGCAUGAGGACACUACUCCUGAAGUUCUUGUCGUACCAGGCCUUGACGACGAGUGA